CACAACAGAGAGAGAGAGAGAGAGAGGGGGGGGGGAGGGCUCGGGGUUAGGGUUCCGCCUUUCGCUAACAUUUAUCUGCCAGAAGAAAUCUGCUUGUCUGGGCUAUCGGGAGCUAUUCUUAGUCGAGAAAAAUCAGAUGGGUUGUUCAGUUCCACCAGGUUUUUGGGUUUGAUACAAUGAGUGGAGACGGUGAAACUUCUGAAUCAGCCGGGUCCACUAGUGAAUUGAGUUCACAGUUGGUGAGAACUGGGUCUUUUCAUGAGGAAGAUAGUUUUCGCUGGCAAGCAACUCAUUGUGGCGGGGGCGGGUCGAGGAAUACGAGCCCUCUAGGUCGACCUGGGUCGAGGAAUACUAGCCCUUCCAGGCAGAAGGUGAUAAAGACAAAACCAAGGGGCUUAGAUGAGGAGACAGUCGCUACAUUUGGUAAGGCCAUUCAACCUGAUGUGCAAAUGGAAGAUAAUAUAUGGGCAAUGUUGCCCGAAGAUCUGUUGAAUGAAAUCUUAGCUAGGGUUCCUCCGUUCAUGAUUUUUCGGCUCCGAUCUGUUUGCAAGCGUUGGAAUUCAAUUUUACAGGAUAAUAGUUUUCUGAAGUUUCACUCGCAAGUGCCUUCUCACGGCCCAUGCCUUCUCACAUUUUGGAAAAAUUCACAAAUCCCCCAGUGCUCAGUGUUUAGCUUGCCGUUGAAACAAUGGUACCGGAUACCCUUCACAUUUUUACCACAGUGGGCAUUCUGGUUAGUUGGUUCCUCAGGAGGUCUUGUUUGCUUCUCAGGACUUGAUGGGUUAUCUUUCAGGACCUUAGUUUGCAACCCCCUUACGCAAGCUUGGAGGAUAUUGCCGAGUAUGCAUUAUAAUCAACAAAGACAGUUAAUUAUGGUUGUUGAUCGGAUGGAUCGAUCAUUUAAGGUUAUAGCCACUAGUGAUAUAUAUGGUGACAGGUCAUUACCCACUGAAGUAUAUGACUCAAAGCUUGACUAUUGGUCUCUUCACCAGACAAUGCCUGCUGUGAAUCUUUGUUCCUCAAAGAUGGCAUUUUGUAACUCCAGGUUAUACUUGGAGACCCUUUCUCCUCUUGGUUUAAUGAUGUACCGUCUGGACACUGGUUAUUGGGAACACAUUCCGGCCAAAUUCCCAAGGUCGUUGUUGGAUGGGUAUUUGGUUGCUGGCACUCAGAAACGUUUGUUUCUAGUUGGAAGGAUUGGUCUCUAUAGCACUCUUCAAAGCAUGAGAAUUUGGGAGUUGGAUCAUGCAAAAAUCACCUGGGUUGAAAUUAGUAGGAUGCCACCUAGGUAUUUUCGAGCUCUUUUAAGGUUGUCUGCAGAGAGAUUCGAGUGCUUUGGACAGGACAACUUGAUCUGCUUCACGUCUUGGAACCAAGGGAAAGGCCUGCUUUAUGAUGUGGAUAAAAAGGUUUGGUCUUGGAUUACUGGUUGUGCUCUUACGUCCUACAACAGUCAAAUUUGUUUCUAUGAACCGAGGUUUGAUGCUUCCAUUCAUUAAGAAAGAAUUUGGUUUCAUGGAUCUGAAUAUUAUUUACUGCCAAGAGGUCAUGGAGGAGUUGCAAUAUUUGUUCUGCAUCUUAUUGUUCCCAGAUAUCCCCGAUGACGACUCCUCUUCCAUACUGAAACCAAGUUCUUCAAGUUGGGCUGUAUUUGGUGUUCUUGAUUGGCUGAUAUCUGCAUCUUCCUUUUCCUGCUGGAAACACGAGCAGCCCAGUUAGCUAAGUUUUCCAACACAAACUUUUUGUAAAGGAUGUUUUGCUCUCACUUUGUAUCAUGGUUCUAGAGGACAAGGAUCUAGUGCCUUUUGUUGUCGUGAUUAGACACAGGUGCUUUAUAAUAGGACGGACUCAAUCGACCAUGACAUUUGGGGAGUUCGUGUUUGAAGAACAUUUUGUCCAAUGAUGUAACCUGACUGAAAUUGUUUCAAACGUCUAAGGUCACUCAUGUGUUGAAUAAUUCUUUGCUUACCUGUAAGUUGCUGCAGUGAAUUGUUAAUACAACAACGAUUCAGUCCUUUCUAGUGUUC